AUGAUCACCAAAACGACAAUGUUUAAGGUCGAUACGUUUACGGAAACAAAAGAAUUGGUUCAAUAUGAUUUUGUACCAUACAAAGAGAUUUGCAGCUUAUUUUCUAUGAUGAUUAUUCAACUAAACCUCAAAAAGUUGCCCACCCUGCAGAAAGUGGGCUUUCGCAAACACUUGCCGUUUACCUUUGGGGUUGACGAGGCGCAUGACGCACUCUCAUCCAUGACUUUGGCGCCUUCCAGGAACAAUAUUCUUUUUGAGAUUCAUUAUGCAAUCGAUUCAAACCAAAAAUCAUCCAUUCUACAAGCAUUUUUCGAUUGCCAUUUCCUCCACUGUCCUCGAGCGAGAACACUUUCUAAACCCAGAUCGGAUGAAUCCAUGCAACCAACUGCAAAAGGUGUAGCAGUGCUCCAUUCUUUCUGCAUGCGUGUAGGCAUGCCCACCGGUUUAAUGCCGCAAAUUAUCAAGACGGCGUUCAAUUCCAUGCGCCUCUUACCCCUAGAACGGGAUAAAAAUAACCGCAUAAUAUGCUCACAAGCACUCUUGGUGCAUGUCCUUUGUAAGCUAGUUGGAGAUCCUCCUCGGACUUGGCGACCUGAUGCUGCGCCUGACCCGAUCCUGUUUCAUGUAGAGGAUUCCGGCGAUGAAAUCGGGGGCUUAUAUGGCUUGGACGAGGCUUCGGCGUGCUUUCAAUUGUCGGCGGAAACUUUCAAGCUGGAAACUUCCAAGCAAACGAGUCCGUAUCACCAUCCGUAUUUCACCAAUCCUGAAUCGGACGCUCAGUUUCAGUAUUAUACGUCUUCAUUUGGAGCUCGUUUUCACCAUAUUGACGGAAAAUAUGUGGCAUCGGCAAAGACCCUAGCUCAGUGGAUAUGUGACUGUACAGCAGUGGCUACAAAAGGUGAAGCACACCGCAUUGUCGACAUGUUCAUAAACGCUAAUUUUUUGCAGGCUUUUGAGUCACAACCAGGAACUGUGGCUAAACUGGUCGGUGGAGAUCCUCUCUACUUUGUCACAGAAAUUGAAUUGAGUUCAACCAAAGACUAUGAUAGUCGAAUCAGUGGUUUACAACAUGUUAUUUCUGAUCCAGGAUACAAGCUCUUGUUCAAAGAUUUUCUAUCGCUGACUUUUUGCGGUGAAAAUUUGGAAGCAUAUGUUAAUAUUAGCAAGCUCACCAGAGGAGUAACCUCAUUGAUGGCUAACGUUGCGCCGUUAUUAUCACAAACCAACCUCAACAUGGCAACCCAAACCAAACUAGUGUCGGUUCUCAAGUCUCUUAUGUUCAGAGCAUACCUGAUAUAUUAUAGCCAUUUCGAUACCGAUUCUCCCAGCCAACUCAAUAUUCCGUACGAAAUGAGAAUCAGGAUUUCUCGAGCUGUUUCUGUUGCUAGAUGUGUUCUCGAUGACUCGUGCUCUGAACAAACCAGUGAAAUUGUCAACUCGGUGAUGUCGGAACCCAUACGGUCGCUAAGUUCCGAAAGUUCAUCGGUGGAUACUAAAGAAGAGACUCCGUUGAUUGCAGAACUCAUUGCAUUGUUAGGCAAACUAAGUCGAAUUUCCAAGGAGUUUAUGGAAGCUGAGGAAGCACUCUUGAGGCUUCUUGAAACCGACUCAUUUCCCAACUUUAUCCAUAGCACAUUGUACCAAAGGUUUCUACAUCAGAUUCAUACACGUUGUUGA